AUGUUGUUGGUAACUACGUUAAAUAUUCUAGAUUUAGAUAAGAAAAUGAUAUCAAAUGAGCGAUUUAUAAAACCAGAAAAAGAUACAAAUACACUGUUACAUUCUUUAGUUACAGAUUCACAAUCAAAUUCAGAUAUCGAAUUGCAGGAGACUACUUUCGAAUUCAACCAAUUAGGUUUAGAAAAAGAUACAGAUAAUAAUAAUAAUAAUAAUGAUAAAAAGUAUCAACAAGCUAAAGUACAAGAAGAGUUUGAAAUUGAUAUACCAAUAGUUAAAACAUCUAUUUUAGAGAUUAUUAAAUCUAGAUUAGGUUUUAUUUUAAUAGUUACCUCUGCAUUUUUCUAUAGUAUCUACUCCUUGAUGGUAGGUGUAGUAAUAAGAAGUGGGAUGCAUUUUUUAGAAGCCAUUCUUUUAAGAAGUGCUAUUGGUUUGAUAGGUGGAAUCAUAUUCUUACUUUUGAUUGGUGAGAAUCCACUUGGAGACAAAUCAAAACGAUUGAUUUUGGUAUUCAGAGGAUUAUCCUCUACCUCUAGUGCAGUAUGUGUCUUCUAUACCAUAAGUGUACUACCUCUGGGUGACGCUAUUGCAAUGAGUUGUUCAACUCUUUUGUUUACUGGAGUUCUUGGAUCAACAAUUCUAAAAGAAAAAUGGACAACAAUCAAUUCAAUAUGUACAAUUUUAAGUAUUGUUGGUGUUAUUAUCAUUUCGAAACCAUCAUUUAUUUUUGGAAACAAUGUUAAUGAUGAAUCAAUAUCUCAAGCAAAGAGAAUAUUAUUUACUUUAAUAGGUGUUUUAGGAGCAUUCUUUCAAAGUGUAUCAAAUGUAUUUUCAAGAAAGAUCGGAAAAGAUACAAAUCCAUUUGUAUUAGUUGUAUAUUAUCAAUCAAUUGUAGUAGUAAGUAUCUUACCCGUAUGUUUAUUUUUAAAUAUACUUAGAGCUCCAUCAUUAAAUCAAUGGCUUUAUCUUCUUGGUAUGGGCGUAUUGGGUUUCAUUUUCCAAGGAAUGGGAAAUAGAGCUUUCCAAAUUGAAAAUGUUGCAAAAGUUUCUCCACUUAACUACACUCAAAUUAUAUUUACAUACAUUAUGCAAAUAUUAUUUUUUAAAGAAAGUCCUGAUAUCUUUUCAAUAUUUGGCUCAAUUUGUAUCAUUUUAUGUGCUGUUAUAACAGCAAUUAAAAAUUAA